AUGGAGUCUGGCGAGCCGAGUGCUAGGCGUCCUGCCAUGCCUGGACCGCCCGCAAAGCGGCGACGGAAGCAGCGGCAGAAUGCUGGUCGACAAGUGCUCGCAAGAAAAGAGGAUGGCAAUGAACCCCUCAUGGUGGCUGUUAAGCAAGAGAAUCCGGAGUUUGACAGGUCCUCUUCUGCCGAGGAAGCUGCAGAGGAGUCUGGGCAGCCAGAUCAUGAGGUCGUCUCGGCCCGAUUCGAGGCCGAGAAGCGCUGCCGUGAGGAGCUGCAAAAACGGCUGAAGGCAGAGGAAGAGGAGCUCAGACGGCGACAAAUCAAUCCACCCGAAAGGACCCCAGUGGUGGUGCCUGCUCGGAUCCAGGUGCCCUCGCUGCUCAGUGAAGUGGAGCGCCGGGCCCGUGCCGAACUCCAGGCGAGGCUCAAGGAAGAGGAGCGCCUUAUUCAAGAAGAGAGGGCCAAAGCCCAGCUUCAAGCGAGGCUGCAGGCAGAAGCUGCGCAGGCACAGGCCAAGGCUAUGGCAGAGGCACAGAAGGCGCAGGUGGAGGCCGCAAAGGCUCGUGCCAAGGCGGAGGCUGAGGCCCAAGCCCGUGCGCGGGCAGAGGAGGCCCAGCAGAAGGCGAAGACCGAGGUCGAGGCGAGCGCGGCAAGGGCCAAGGCCAAGGCGAAACUCGAGCAGCAGCGGGCCGCGGCAAAAGCCAAGGUCGUUGCUCGCCCAGAACCCGAGGUGAAGGCCAAAGCCAAGGCACCAACGCCUUCCGCAGGUGCCAGCCGAGCCCCACCGCAAGCACAGGCGGAAGACUCGCUCGUCGCUGUGAAGAAGGAGACUUCCAGGUCUCCCAGCCCUGGCCAUGAGGCUGGCAAAGCAGGCCGGCCUCGCAAGGCCGAGGAGAAGAUGCUACCGGAGGAGAAGCUCAAGUCUCAGAGAUCUGGCGGCCAGUGGCACGAGGUCUUCUACUUGAUCCUCGGCUACCUGUCCGCGCCCAAGGGCCAAAUGGCGUUUCAUGGAAAAGACAAUGAGGUCCCAUCCUGGGACGGAAAUCCGAGCACCUUCGAGAGGUUUGCAACAGAGUGCCGGUGGUUCCAGCACUCCCUGAAGCCCUCUGCGAAGUCUUUGGCAGCCCCUCGAGUGUGGCAGCGCCUGGUUGGCUCAGCCAAGACUGUUGUUCGCAAUCUAGAUCCGAGUGUGUACAGCACCAACAGCGGCCUCGAGAAGCUGCUGCAUGUUUUACGAAACAGCCUUCUACAACGACUUCCUGUGCCAGACAGUUUUCAGAGACUGGAAAGAUGGUCGAGUUUGCACAAGAGACACGGCGAGACGAUACCACAGCUUCUUGUGCGCGAGGAGGAGCUGUUCGUGGAACUGCAGCAGAGUCUUCAGAGGGCUCGCAAGAUGAGCACCACUCCCAAGGUGCUCUUCGAGGAACCCUCUCCCGAAGAGGGCGCCGAGGACGACAACGAGGACGAGACGGAGGAGGACGAAGACCACCAAGGUGACCACCUCGAGUUCCCUCGGCCUCUUUGUGAAGAUGAGCUUCGGGGCUACCGGCUCUUGAAAGCUUGCGGCCUCCAGCCGUCCGAGAGACAACAUGUGCCGACGCUGACGAGCAACAGCACGACCUUCCAGGCUAUCCGGCAGGCCUUGAGAGCAAUGUUCGAUGAGGGUAUAACCUCUGACCUUGCCAAUCCUUCCAGGAAACAUCGCCAUGCUUGGUGGCUCGACGAGGAAGCCUACUACAACGACGGUUCCUGGGAUGAUUGGCAAUGGGAUGAACAGCCUGAGAAUGAGGACGCCUACUGGAAUGACGACUACCAAGAAUGGGGGGAUCCUUCCUCCUAUGAUGACUGGGCGUUUUAUGCCCCUGCUGGCCAUGAUCCUCCAGAACCUCUUGGCGGUCCGGGAGCCGAUGGACCUCUCGACGAGGAGGAGAAGGCCCUGUUGGAGGACGAUGCCGAGGCUUUCGCCGUCGCCGAGAAGGCACAGAAGACGCUGCAACAAGCGAGAGAUGCUGUGGCGAAAGCCAGACAGGACCUCCUCGACAGCCCGGGCAACGACCUAAAGGCUCAAAGUCUUCUGGCAAAGGAGGAAAAGGCUCCGGGAAAAAGGGUUUUCAAGAAAGGACCGUCGAAGGGCAGCGGGGAGUACUUCUAUGACGCCGGCUAUGCCUACUCCUUCCUGCUCUCCGUGGUGGCCGACGAGGACUAUGAGUACGUUCCGGAGAUGCCCCUGGCCGACUCCUUCGUGCUCUCCGUGGGUCAAGAAGCUCUUGGCGGGCGGAUGAAGGCCAGCCAAGUCAUUGUGGACACCGGAGCCACGGAGUCUGCGUGCGGGAUCCGUACUAUGGAACGUUUCUUGGAACGUUUCUUGGAGGCCUCGAAAUGCCGCUACGACGUGUCUUUGGAUGAUCGCCCUACCUUUCGGUUAGUUGACCUCUACACCCCGGCGCUUGGUAUGGUGUCAGUGUAUAUAUUCGAUCAUCCAACCUCCCAGGACACUCCUCUUCUUCUCGGCGGGCGAACUUUGAGGCAGCUCAAGGCAACGGUGAACUACGGGGACGAGACCCUGAUGUUCCUUCGCCGGGGAGGGCAAGUUGCUCUUUUGCCGCUGGUGUCGACCUUAGGCGGGCACAUGGUUGUCGAUUUGGCCAUGCGUAGCACUCCUCUUGGACCAGUGCAGGACUAUCCAGAGAAGAAGCUCGGUGUUGUUUUCCCAGGGGACCGUGGCUCUGUGCAGGAUACUCUCAGAGCACCAGUUUUUUCCGAUGAAUGUCGGCGAGGUUCCGGUCGAUCUACACCGGGAACCGACGAGGAUGAUGCUGCACCCGGAAUCGGUGCGGCGCUACAGAUCAUGCAGCCGACCAUGGAAAACAGUUGUUCGGGGGUUGCUGAGGAGCCGUGUGCGAUCAAGUUGUGCCAUGGAAGAGCUUCACAGACAUGUCAGUGUGCAGCUUCAGAGUCUCUCUGUGAACAGCGUGUUGCAUAUGCCUUCCCGCUCAAGCUUGAUCGUCUUCGCGAACGCCAACAUGAGCGGCCCUUUCCAGCUCCUUCCGUUUCCGAUCGACGAUCCCAGAUGGUCCGGCUGGCCGUGCGUGGGCGAGCACAAGGUAGUGGCCACGGCGAUCGCGUGGAGCUUCCGGCCAACCAGGUGACGGAGAAGCUCGUUGGGGACAAGUGCAUGGAGAUCGCCGGGCGGAUGCGACAGGAGGGACGGUCCGUGGUGCUGUCGGAACCCAUGAGCAAGUACACUGCGGACCCGGAGACACAGGAAGAAUGCCGGGCAUCCGGACAGCGAUGCGCUUCGGAAGGCAACACCAAAAGGGCAAUGGCAGCCCCUUCUUCCUCCUCGGUGGAUGUUCCGGAGCAGUCCCUGAUCGAUCUGGAGGACUGCGAGGUCCACACCAACCUGCAGGAGAUCCUCGCCUUGGAGAAACGACUGGAGAAGCAGAAAUCAGCUCUCCUGGAGAAAAUGAGUCGCUGCGGGAUCAUGGAUCACGACGAGGACGGGACCAGCCAACUUGGCGAUUUCGAGGAGCAUUGCUCCGACCCAAGCUGGUGUCCUCGUGCUCUGGAGAAGAGAAUGCCCUCGCAGGCAUGGAGCAUCCAGGCCAAGUAUGGUAUUAGGCCUUUGUCUGAAGAUGUGGAGGUGAUGAUGUUGGAGGUAAAAUGGUUCGAGAGACCAUGGAGACCACCAUCCGAGGACACCUCGGAAAUCCUUGCCCUCUCCCGAAAUCGUCUUCCUGAAGACCUCCUACCGGAAGGUGCACCUGCGUGGGCUGUGACCAUGGCCCGGGGUCUCCAAUGCCCAGCGUGCAUCGAAUCCUCAAAGCCACUGCCAUCUCCUCCGGCGUCCACAUCCCCGCCUGGACUCUACGAGAUUGUGGGUACUGACGUUUUCGAGUACACCUACAAGAAUUCCGAAGGCGAGCUCAAGAAGAUGAAGGGAUGCCUUUGGGUGGACAGGGCGUCCCGACUGUGCGCCGUGUCCAUCAUGAAGAUUUAUUCGGACGCCUGGGAGCCAACCACCAGUGACGUCAUCAGGAUGUUUACCAGGGACCGGAUGAUGCACAACCCUGCUCCGAAGUGGCUCAUGGCCGAUUCGGCCUUGUACUACGUGUCGGAGGAGAUGAGGGUUUGCUGUGGAAAGAGUGGAAUGGGUCUGCUGAUUGCCACAGUUGACCGCGUGAUGAAGGAAGAUAUGGACUUGGCUGUUGCCACGAUGUUUCAUUAUGCGUGUUUGAACCCCAGAAAGGCCUUUGAUGAGGUGCUGAAGUUCCGGGAGAAAGCCUCGGUGGCUUAUCGACGUCAGGAGGUCGCGGAGGAUGGCUUGCGGAUCUUGCUCCGUGAAGGAUCCACGUAUUGGAUGGCCUCAGGAGAAUGGUUGGUUCGACGUCACGAUGAGUUGACUGGGGAACGCAAGACCUUGGUCAAGAGUGGUGACAACGAGCAGGUGAUCGAGGACAACUUCAAAACUCAUGAGAAUCCAGCACGAUGCAUGCUGGAUCGUUGGACCGGGGGAAACUCGUUUCAAAAUCAUGGCCGACCAUCCGUCCGCCAAGAAGGCCCGGUCUGA